AUGAAUGAUAUGUUCAAAAGAAUUAAAGUGUUUGGUAAAAAGGAGAACAGAGGUAGUCUAUAUUCUAUGGUAUCCUGCAGUGAUCUGACUCCGGGCAGCGUGGAAAUAUGGCUCGAUCUACCGGAUGAGAUCAAGUAUGAUCCCUUACUGGCACCCUUCAAGCAACGAUACGAGCAACAACAUGGUAAAAUUGAAGCUGUAGAUGUGCCAAAUGAAGGUGACAAAACUAUAUUCGAUAAAAAACAGGAGAAACAAGAUACAGAAGUGAAGAAAGAUGAAGCCAGCGAAGUUUUGAAAGAUGCUUCGAACAAGUUGUUAGCUCCAAUGCACCAGGACCAUGAUAACACCAAACUGAAGUCCACUAAAAGGAAAAAAAUAAAAAACGUUCUACGCAUUAUAAAGCUGUGUGCUUUAGUAUCCAGCUGGGUUCUUCUCACAGUGUCUCUUCUUCUGAACACGGAGAGAUCAGAUGUGGUGCUACAUACUGCCGUCAGAGAGGAGGGCAAAGUAUACGAGCUGCCUUCAAGUGAUGCUACGGUUAAAGUGCUGAUCACACUCACGGGCCCCUUCGCCUCGACUGCCUCAAACGGGAGUGUCACCACACUCAGGUUGUGGCUACACAGAGCUGUGGAGUUACACCCUGGUGUAGAACUGGAACAGAGUUCAGUGGCAUGGAGCAUUCCCUUGCAGUCAGAUGACAUCAUUGACUUUUCACCAAGCUCCACUGAGACACGGACUUUGGAAUUGGCAGACAAUUCACCGAUUAUGCACAGCAAAGAUAGAUACAGCAGGAACUAUACAAAAGAUGAUUUAGUAAUUGUUCACCAACUUACCAGAUGGGGUCAAAUUGGAAAGAAUGGGACAGUGGUGACCCUCAGAAUGAGUACGACAGCCAACAAUACGGUGCCGAUCACCAUCAGCUACCAAAUGAACCCUUUGGACGUGGAAGAUGGCAUCAUUUACGCUACUAUACUGCUGGUUGCGUUAUACAUGCUAAUUAUAUUUGAGAUAGUGAACCGAACAAUAGCUGCUCUUCUGUCUUCGUCUCUUGCAGUGGCAGUGCUAGCUCUUAGUGGAGCUAGACCUUCACUAACAGAGAUUGUGUCUUGGCUGGAUGUCGAAACAUUACUUCUGCUGUUUAGUAUGAUGUUACUGGUCGCCAUUUUGGCUGAAACUGGACUCUUUGAUUAUCUGGCUGUGUUGGCUUUUGAGGUGACUGGUGGAAGAACGUGGCCUCUCAUCAACUGCUUGUGUUUCUUCACCGCAGUUUUUUCGACCUUUCUGGAUAAUGUCACUACUGUGCUUUUGAUGACACCGGUUACAAUCAGACUAUGUGAAGUCACUCAACUGAACCCAAUACCAGUUCUGAUGUCAAUGGUGAUCUUCAGCAACGUUGGUGGUGCGGCCACUCCAGUCGGAGAUCCUCCUAACGUCAUUAUAGCCACACACCCUUCAAUAGUAAAGGAGAACAUCAACUUUACCAAUUUCACACUCCACAUGGGGGUUGGUAUCCUAGCGGUAUCCGUCCAGACUUACCUGCAGCUGAGGUAUAUGUUCAGGGACAUCAACACACUGAGACACAGUGUACCUAGAGAUAUAUUAGAACUUAGGCAGGAGAUAGCAGUGUGGAGACGGGCAGCUGCCUCGCUCUCAUCUUACUCUAGGGAUGAAGAUAUCGUGAGGCGGGCGCUUGAGAAAAAGGUUGAAAAACUGAACCAUGCGUUGUCCAGAAGAGAAGCUGGCGGAGGUACUUCUAAAUCAGAUCCUAUGUUCUGUUCUACUCUUGCAUCGAUGAAAGAAAAGUACCGUAUCAGAGACAAGCAGUUGCUCGUCAAGUCAGCAAUUUGUGUGUCAUUUGUCAUCAUCGUGUUCUUCUUGCACGCCAUUCCAGAACUACAGCGCCUAUCGCUGGGCUGGACGGCGCUGCUGGGCGCGCUGCUGCUGCUGCUGCUGGCGGAGCGCGACGACCUGGAGCCCAUCCUGGCGCGCGUCGAGUGGUCCACUCUACUCUUCUUCGCGGCACUCUUCGUGCUAAUGGAGGCACUCUCAAAAUUGGGUCUAAUAUCCUGGAUCGGUGCCAUGACGGAAUCGGUCAUUCUUGGAGUUGGUGAGGAGUCGCGGUUAGCUGUUGCUAUUAUGCUCAUAUUAUGGGUUUCUGGUAUAGCGUCUGCGUUCGUAGACAAUAUUCCUUUAUCGACUAUGAUGGUGAGGGUCAUUGCAGCUUUAGCAAACCCUGCUGGGUUGGGAUUACCUUUAGCACCUUUGGCGUGGGCUCUUAGCUUCGGCGCCUGUCUUGGAGGUAACGGCACGUUGAUUGGAGCCAGCGCCAACGUGGUAUGCGCAGGAGUUGCUGAACAGCACGGCUACCGAUUCACCUUCCUACAGUUCCUCAAAAUCGGUUUCCCCGUUAUGAUAGGAAACCUUAUAGUUGCGUCCAUCUACCUGUUAAUUUGCCACUGUUUCUUAGAACUACAUUAA